UCCAGGCGAGAUCUACGACAGAUGUUUUGUACUUGGGGAAAAAAAAUUAAACGAGAGAACGUGAUUAGUGAACUUGCAUAAAGAGUUGUCUGCCCAUAGUCAAAGUGGUGAUAGUGUCUGUGAGUAGAUCGCAGCUGUAACAUGACCAUGUUGGCGUUCACAUUCCUUGCUUGUCUCCUGGUGACUGUCUCUGGCUUCAUAAACUAUCAAGAUUUGAUUCCCAACGGAAGUAUCGUACCAAAUCCAUGUCGUAUUGGCCUCUGGCCAGCUGUUGGCCAUUUGACUGCUGAAGGCGGAACACUUAGGAACACUUUUGGCGCGGACUUUGCUGCUGCUGGGCACACCUGGACUGUGGCGUUGUGCCAGAGAGACAGUGACAGAGACGGUGUGUCUAAUGGUGCAGAGCUAGGUGACCCUAACUGCCGUUUUGUGCCUGGUUUCGGUGGUAGUUUGACUGCUCCCCAGAGGCAUCCCGGUAUCUGUGAGCCCAUUGGCAGUGCAGCCUGUGCCUGGCAGAACUUCUCCUGCCCACCCAUUGUACCAAGCCCACCUUUCAAACAGUUAUAAAUAUUAUUUUUUUUGUAUUACAUGCCUGAGAUUAUUUCAAAUAAAACAUUUUAUUUUUCUAUUC